ACGCCGUGUAGUGAUCUUCUAGAAUCUAGACGGUGGAGCGGAGCUCCUGCUUUCCGCGUAAUUCGAACUCGCGUAAUUUUUUAGUGAUCUUAGAUUAUUUAAAAAAAUGGCGUUUUACUGGAUUCUACAAUCGUAUCUUCUAUGCAUGUUAUUUGUUGUUAUUACUCACGCUGAAGAAGUUUUUAAUACCACUCCGCUAACCGUCAAAACCAGCUUCUCCUGUCACAACCGGCCUAUGGGAUUUUACGCUGACAUCGAAGCGAAUUGCAAAAUAUAUCACACGUGCGAUGAUCACGGGAACAAAUUCACUUACCGAUGUCCCGAAGGAACGGCUUUUCGUCAAGAUGCCUCGGUAUGCGAUCACGUUUAUCUUGUCGAUUGCCAAACGACUAUUUAUCCGUCGGCUCAACUUCCAAACGAAAAUACAGACAAGGAAAUCGCGCACGUAACUUCCUCGACGAGGUCCCCAGUGGAAUCGAGCAUCUCCCCAGUGGAAUCGAGUAACUCCCUCGAUGAUCAUCGGUUGGCAUUUUCGCGUUCUUUCCAUGUAAUUCAACGACCUGACAAAUCCAUGCCGAAUAAGUUUCAAACCGGCUUCGUCUUCAGCGCGAAUCUAUUCUUAAAGGAUCAAGAUCGAAGGCGGAAUCAAGCUCGGCAAAUCACCGACAAUUGCACGACGUGCAACGAUGAUUUGAGGAACCACAUGACAGUUUCCACUGUACGGACACUUACCAAAGAGUUCGAUUCUUGGAAUCUACGUAACGACAAGCCAACGGUAUCAAGACAGUCGUUAUCUUUGCCGUUGUCAAUGACUCACGACAAUAGCAACGUGUAUCCCAAUCAUUCAUACGAGCCGCUCUCGAAUUCUUCGCCCGCGAAAGUGAUGACAUCGGAAGAUAACCGGCAUUCAUCUCCUCUGCGUGAGAAGUCUUUCUCCAGUUACAACAGAGAUAUCCAUCCGUACUCCGAGACGUUACGAUCGAUUCAAGCUAACGCUUACGUAAAAUCUACUACAGAAAUUCCUGUGCACGCUUUGACGCUAUCUUUAGAGCCGUUAGUACCUAACGAGCUGGAAUAUGAUCCUUAUUAUCCCAGACAACCGACGUCUACCGAAGCGUAUUACACACCCAGCAAUCGCAACAGGAUUAAUAUGAAUACUCGACUUUCCAGCUCCAACCAAGCACCGCUAAUAGUCGUGCACCCUAAUCUUCCUUUUGAGAUUCCGUCUGUGCUGCCUGAUUUGAAUACCUUGGAAGAUCUGGUCGAUCGCCGGAAGUUUUUCUAUAUCCCGCGCACAAAUGUGAAAUCGAUAUGAU